CGGCAGCUCUCCAGUUCCCAGGCUCCCGGGCUCCGGGGUUUCCAGGCUCCGCAGCUCUGCGGCUCCCGGCUCCCGGGCGCAGAUGUCGGGAGCCCGCGGGGCGCUGGGGAGCUAGGGCCGCCCCGCCUGCGCACAGUGAUGCCGGGAUUGGGGGCGGGAGCACCGCCUUCGUCUCCCGCGCGCUCCCUCGCUCCCGCCCUCUUCCCCGCCCCAAGCCGUCUCCUGCCUCAGCCGUGCAGGCGCCGCACUGCAGAUGCCUGCCGACCGCUCCGCGCUCGGCGGCUUCUGCGGUACCCCGCAGGUCCCUUCGACCGUCGGGCGCCGGCCGCACUCUCGCUGCCCCGGAGGGUCCCUCGGCUAAGCGGACUCGCCAAGUCCCGCGCGCGAAGCCGCUACGCGGGCGGGGUAGCGGGGACCCAGGCGGACCGCGGCCGCGCCGGAGCCCGGAGCGCUCUCGAAUGCGGCAGGACAAGCUGACCGGCUCCCUGAGGCGCGGAGGGAGAUGCCUGAAGCGGCAGGGUGGCGGCGGCGGCGGCGGCGGCGUGGGCACCAUCCUGAGCAAUGUGCUCAAAAAGCGCAGCUGCAUUUCUCGGACCGCGCCCCGGCUGCUCUGCACCCUGGAGCCGGGAGUUGAUACAAAGUUGAAGUUCACUCUUGAGCCAUCUUUAGGUCAAAAUGGUUUUCAGCAGUGGUAUGAUGCUCUGAAGGCAGUUGCCAGGCUGUCAACAGGUAUACCAAAGGAAUGGAGGAGAAAGGUUUGGUUGACUUUGGCAGAUCAGUAUUUGCACAGUAUAGCUAUUGAUUGGGACAAAACCAUGCGUUUCACUUUCAAUGAAAGGAGUAAUCCUGAUGAUGACUCGAUGGGAAUUCAGAUAGUCAAGGAUCUUCACCGCACAGGCUGCAGUUCCUACUGUGGCCAGGAGGCUGAGCAGGACAGGGUUGUGUUAAAACGGGUCCUGUUGGCCUAUGCCCGAUGGAACAAGAAUGUUGGGUACUGCCAAGGCUUUAACAUCCUGGCUGCUUUAAUUCUGGAAGUAGUGGAAGGCAAUGAAGGGGAUGCACUGAAGAUUAUGAUUUACCUUAUUGAUAAGGUACUUCCUGAAAGCUAUUUUGUCAAUAACCUCCGGGCUCUGUCCGUGGACAUGGCUGUCUUCAGGGAUCUCUUGAGCCUGAAGCUCCCCGAGUUAUCUCAGCACCUGGACACUCUUCAGAGAACCGCGAACAAGGAAAGUGGAGGUGGCUAUGAGCCCCCACUCACGAAUGUCUUCACGAUGCAGUGGUUUCUGACUCUCUUUGCUACGUGCCUCCCUAACCAUACGGUCUUAAAGAUCUGGGAUUCAGUCUUCUUUGAAGGUUCGGAAAUCAUCUUGAGAGUGUCGUUGGCCAUCUGGGCAAAAUUAGGAGAGCAGAUAGAAUGCUGUGAGACAGCAGAUGAAUUCUACAGCACCAUGGGGCGUCUUACCCAGGAGAUGCUAGAGAAUGACCUUCUGGAAAGCCAUGAACUCAUGCAGACUGUUUAUUCUAUGGCCCCAUUCCCUUUCCCACAGUUGGCGGAGUUGAGGGAAAAGUACACUUACAACAUUACACCAUUCCCAGCCACAGUUAAACCCACCUCUGUUUCUGGACGGCAUGGGAAGGUCAGAGACAGCGAUGAGGAGAACGAUCCAGACGAUGAAGAUGCUAUUGCUACUGCUGUGGGGUGUCUCGGGCCUUUCAGUGGGCUCCUGGCACCUGAACUGCAGAAGUACCAAAAGCAGAUCAAAGAACCGAAUGAGGAGCAGAGUCUGCGGUCUAACAACAUCGCGGAGCUGAGUCCCGGAGCGAUCAAUUCCUGUCGGAGUGAGUACCACGCGGCCUUCAACAGCAUGAUGAUGGAGCGCAUGACCACGGACAUCAACGCGCUGAAGCAGCAGUAUUCUCGGAUUAAGAAGAAGCAGCAGCAGCAGGUCCACCAGGUGUACAUCCGGGCAGGCUCUGCAAAAGAAAAAGGCCACGGGUUCAUUUUAGGUACCAAGAACCGGGCAGCUGAUGACAAAGGGCCAGUGACCAGCAUUCUCCCGUCUCAGGUAAACAACUCUCCAGUUAUCAACCACCUUCUUUUAGGAAAGAAGAUGAAAAUGUCAAACAGACCUGCCAAGAAUGCCGUCAUCCACAUCCCCGGUCACAUGGGAGGCAAGAUGUCUCCUGUGCCUUACGAAGACCUGAAGACAAAGCUCAAUUCCCCGUGGCGGACUCACAUCCGAGUCCACAAAAAAACCAUGACGAGGACCAGGAGUCAGCUGGGCUGCGGGGACACCGUCGGACUGAUCGAGGAGCAGAAUGAGGGAUGCAAGACUAGCGGCCUGGGGGCAGCUGAGGCCUCCUCCAGUGGGGCAGCCGCUGGAAGGGAGGGCAGCUGCUCCGGAAUCAGCACAGGGCGGACGAUCGAAGGGCGGUCCCCAGAGCCCGCGUUUGGGGAGGCCGAUGCCGACGUAUCUGAGGUCCAGGUGAAGUUAGAAGCCCUGGAACUGAGCCAGAGGGAUGCAGCUGCGGGCUUGGAGCCCAAGGCACACCAGCCCUGCCCACCACCCUUCCCAGAGCGGUCUGAGGCCCACGAUGAAAACAGAGCCCCCAGCAAGCCUCCCCAGGGCAGCCACCCGAAAGCACCCAUCUUCAGCCCUUUCCCCAGCGUUAAACCGCUGCGGAAGUCAGCCACCGCCAGGAAUUUGGGAUUGUAUGGUCCUACCGAAAGAACCCCCACCGUGCACUUUCCUCACAUGAGCAGGAGCUUCAGCAAAUCGGGGGGUGGAAACAGUGGUACAAAGAAACGGUGAUGGCCCUCGGUAGCUGAAUCUCCGUUCACCUUCUCCCGGCGGCCUAAAGAUUCCAGCUGAAUGGCUCCAAAAGCGUUUUGACUGCCCAGUGAAAACAAGUAGAUAGGUUCAGAGAUGAACACCGGGCCAUGAAACUGGGAACUAGAACUUUGAGAAUGGGAGCUAGAAAGGGUACGUCUUCCCCACCUACCAAUCACGGAUCCAGUGAAUUCUUGUGGCAGAAUAAAUAUCGUAGUUUUAAAUUGUGACGUUUUCCCAAUUUUUCAUUGUGACUUGUUUAGACAAGACUGUGAAUCUGGACUGUUAACCCCUCUUCCUUCUUCCUGUUCUGAGGACCUGCAGGGGUCCCUGUGACCACCCUCCCCUCAAAUCUUCUGGUUCCCCGGGGGUUUCCGACCCCAGAGCACGCACACGCUAACUUGCUAGAAUAGAAACUGUAAAAAGGAAGUAAGUUUCUUCGUUGCAAAAAAACUUCUCAAUUUCCCUCUUCCGGUCCCACCGAGGGAGUGUGUGUGUGUGUGUGUGU